AUGGCUAAACUCAACCCAAAAACCCCAGCGCCUAUGCUAUCAUUGAUGUUUACUCCCAUGGAUCCUAAUUCAUCUUAUGUCUUUUUUCAUAUUGUAAGACUUCCAGAAUUCUCUGUGGAAAACAUUGUUACUGACAAAGAUACAGUUAGUAAUAAGGAUUCAGAUUCAUUUAUAAUUAACUUAGAAUCGAAUGACAAUAGUAAAAUUGAAAAUAUGUGGACAUAUGAAGGACACAAUUUCUCUAAAGAGUUUCGACAAUUCCAGAUCUCAGUUAUUGGAAAUUUGAAAAUUGAUCCAGCUUUGAGCUACAGAACUGAUGUUGAAUCCAUACUGAUGCCACCACUUUUCCAGAAUGUUAUUUGCUCAUAUACACAGGUAAAUAAUUUAAGUUUUUACACGUUAUAUGGAUCACUAUUGCUCAAGACAUUGAUUACAUCUGUUUAUUGUAAACAUUUAAUGAAUAAUGAAAUAACAGAAUUAGAAGAAUUGUGGAGACAAAAUUGGAGUAAGAUAUGGAUAAUGGAGAAUCAAGAAGACAAAAAAAUAUUUGAUUCAAUGCAACUUAUUGCACGUAAUUUUGAGAUUUUGUUUGGUGAAGCUAAACCGCCAAUAACAGCAAAUUGUAGGGCUGUUACAAAUCAAGCGCUUAUCAAAUUGGCAACCUUCAUGAAAGAUGCACUGGAUACAGGAGUCCAUGGUGAAACAUAUGAAUUGAUCCUUCCUGCUGAAGCUGCAGAAUUCAUUGUAAUCCUCAAUGUCGUGGAAAGGUGUUAUGAAUUAAAGGAGAUGAUUCUUGAAACUGAACAACGGCGCAUGAAGAAAAACACCUUGUUGAAUAUGAAUUAUCAACAUGAUACUAAUUCUAGCCCAGCAAAAAACAAAGAAACCAUGCCAAUCGAUUAUAGUAAAUGGGAUAAGUUAGAACUUAGUGACGAUGACGAGAUAGAAUGUCAUCCAAAUGUUGAUAAAGCAUCAUUAAUACGUUGGAAACAAGCGGAUAUUCAUGCUAAACGUGAAGAAAGACGACAAAAAAUUGCUUCUUUGAAACAGCAAAUAUCACUAAAUGAUGUUUUGCUUUCACGUAUUGAUGAUAUGAUUGUUAAGUUAAAAAAAGAAGGUGUGCAACCAUUUAUAAACACCGUUCAACAAUUUCUUGAUCAAAUGAUAGCUGUUUUAUUUGAAACAGUUCAAAAAGAAGUUAAAGAUGAAGAUCCUGAAUCGGAAUCAAUUAGUGAUUCGUUAAUUGUAAAAUUAACUGCUCAUCUGGAUGAUUUACACACUGGAUUUGAUAAAACUUCUGUUAAUAAAACUAAAAGACCAGAAUUGCCUAGUUCAAAAAAGAAAUCCGAAAAGGUUGUUGAAGUUUUAAAUCCUAAUGCUCAAAUAAAACAAUUUGGUGAUGAAAAUAAAUCAACAACUACAAAAAAAGAUGUGGAUGAAGAAGAAGAAUCUGGUGACAUUGAAGUUACAGAACUUGCUAAACAAUUUGCAGAAAUAAAAGAUUAUAAAAUGAGUUAUGAGUUUAUAACCAAACAUCCAGAAGUUGUUUCACAGGAAAUGACUGAUCAAAUUUUGGCUGAAGCGUUCCAAGCUCAAUUAAAAGGAAAAGCCAAAUUAGCUAAACAAUGUGCACAUCAAGGAUGGUUAUUACAAUAUUGCCAAAGAUUGGGCAAAGAUGGCGUUAGACUUUUCUUUGAAAGAAUAAAUGGACCAAAUCCUCAAGCACGUGAAAUUUUUAUGAAUGAUGUUAAUGAAACAUACAACCACAUAAGGGAACGUUGUAAAAUUAUAGCAGCAGAGAAAACACAAAAACCACAACCAUCCUCUCGUCAAGCAGAACAAAUUCAAAUUGAAGUUACUGGACCAAAUUCUUCACUUAAUGUUCGAGUUCCUGAUGAAAACUCAACCGAUAAGAGUGAACAAGACAAAUAUAAAAUUUUCACAACACUACCAAAAAAUCUUCAAGAAGCACUUAAAACAGGCGAAAUAACCAAGAUUAAUGAAGUUUUAGGAGAAAUGUCGGUUGAAGAAGCAGAAGAUGCUUUGAAAAUAUGUGGUGAUGCUGAUGUUUUAUCGAUUGAAGAAGGAAUUAUUGAUACUACUAAAGGUGAAGUUGUACCAAAUCAAGAAAUUACUGCUGACAAUGAAAAUGAUAAUGACAAGAAAUUAGGAUAA